AUUUUUCACUUUGGCUUUCGCUUCAGAAAACGAAGAACAACACAUACUUAAAAACACGCAUAAGAGAGAGAUGGUGGAGUUGAGGUUGCUGUUUACACAAGAUCCAUUUUUGUCUCAGGUUGCAGUGAAAGCGUAGGAGAACUUCUUCUUUUUUUCCCUGCCAGAAUGUUUUGAGUAAAUUUGGUAUUUUUCUUUGAGAUCUUCUGUGCAAAAUUUGUAGCCAAAAUCAAGUCUUUGAACGGUGACUUUAUUACUAAUUUGGAGUAAGAUGUCUGUUGAAUCGGCUCCCAAACCUCGAUUAGUAAGAUGUCCUAAAUGCUGGCAACUUCUUCCAGAGUCUCCAGAUUAUGAUGUGUACAAGUGUGGUGGAUGUGGCACGACUCUUCAAGCUAAGAAACGAAAAAAUAAGGCUGUGAACUCAGAAUCCAGUACACGUGAAACUGAUGCUGCUCCUAGAAACGCAUUGGAUCAUGUUUCAAAGGAGAGCGGUUUGAAGGAAAAAGCAGCUGGUUCUUCCUCAGGAGAAUGUUCUUUAGAUGGAAAUGAUGGAAGGGGUCAAAUUGAAAGUAGUGAAUGCAAUGGACAGGCGCUAGUUAUUUCUCAGGAGAGUGAUUUGAGGGCAAAAGCAACUAGUUCUUCAUCAGGAGAAUGUUCUUUGAAUGGAAAUGGUGGAAGGAGUCAAAUUGAAAAUGAUGAAUGCAAUGGAGAGCAGCUAGUUAUUUCUAAGGAGAAUGGUUUGAGGGCAAAAGCAACUAGUUCUUCCUCAGGAGAAUUUUCUUUGAAUGGAAAUGGAGGAAGAGGUCAAAUUGAAAAUGGUGAAUGCAAUGAAGAGCAGCUAGUUAUCUCCCAGGAGAAUGAUUUGAGUGAAAAAGCAAUUUGUUCUUCCUCAGUGGAAUAUUCAUUGAAUGGAAUUGGUGGAAGGAGUCAAAUUGAAAAUGGUGAAUGCAAUGAAGAGCAGCUUGGACCGUUUAAUUUAUCAGAUGAAGAACUGGAAAACGAGAUGGAUAUCUAUAAAUUAUCAGACAUCAGAAAGCGUACAGUGUCCAACCAAGGUUGUUCAAAUGAGCUUACUCACUCUGAGAUUGAGGCCUCAGCAGAAUUGAUGGCAGAGAACUCAGUAGAAAAUGCAAAUGAUACAAACUUGCAGCUAGAAGGAGAAGAGCCAAGUAAUGGAAAUAUGCUGUCAGAAGGAGCAGGGGAGCAGUUAAUUAGUGCAUUCAAUACAGAAGAUGCCAAUGAUGAGAAAUCAGCUCCAGAAGGGGUAAAGUCUGAAGUGGACAAUACCGGAAGUGAUUUAGAAAUACCAGAAGAGUUAAAUAAUGGAAACUUAUUACUAGAAGGAGCAGAAAAAGAGUUAAUACCUGGAUCGGAUGGACAAGAUCUCAAUAAUGGCAAAUCGGUUCUAGAAGGUGCAAACCCUGAAAUGGACAUUACUGGAAGCAAUAAAGCAGCAUCAGAAGAAUUAGACAAUGGAAACUUAAUAUUAGAGGGAGAAGAAGAGGAGUUGAAUAUGUGUGCAUCAGAUGGAGAAGAUCCCAACAAAGACCAAUCAGCUCAAGUGGAUGCAAAAUCUGAAGUGGACAUUCCUGCAAGUGCAUCUGCUGCCAGGAAGUUAAGUACUGAAAACUUUGUACGUGGAAAGGGAAGCAAACUUGAAGAAGGUACAUCUGGUAAUCAUGUAUCUUCUCCCAAAAUUCUUCACCGUAGCUUUGACAGUGUAAGAUCUGUGGAUACAUUUGAUAACAUAGAAGUAAUUAAUCCCAAUUCGGAGAUUGGUGGUACUCUGGGAGAAUUGUCUGAAUCCCCAACCACUAGAAGCUCUCAUGCUUAUGACGGCAGUAUCUCUUCUAAUGGUGGGGUGGAUGAGAGGUUUCCUAGUCAAAAUUUAGAUUCUUUUGAGAACACUUACACUGUUGCUAAUGGUGUUUCUGAUGGAGUUUCCGGAAGGGGAAAAGGCCUUGUUCAUAGCAUGUUAUAUGGAGAUCAUGAAACACAGCAGCAUGUCCUGAAAGACAGCAGAGGGAAUCAAAAUGAAGUGCCGGAGACUGCAAGACAUGGUUAUGCACGUUGGAUGAAAGCAAAGAAAGAUGAGUUUCCAUCGCAAAAGCCUCUCCAUCGAAGUGGUUACCAAUCCGGCUAUGAAAGUGGCAGUCCUUCAAAUCAAACGCAUGAUGAGCUCUACUGCAGCUCAAGCUUUCUUUCACCUGACUCCUUUGAGGACCCUGACCAGGAGAAGAUGAAACUGUUGAGAAUGGUUUAUAAAUUGCAGGAUCAGCUCAACAGAACUGGCUAUGUAAAUGGGGAAACAAAUGGAAGACUGUCAACGGGAAAGCAUGUUUCUGCAUACCAAAGCCAUGAUCUUCAUGAAGGAAGAUUUUACCAUGGUCUGGAUUACCCUAGAUGCGAUGGAAGAUGUAGUCAUGGAAUCAACUGGCGCCAGAGGCAUAAAUAUUCACAGAUACCUUAUUCAGCUGAGGCAACAAGCAGUACAUACCAUGUUGAUCAUUCUUGUUUCCAUUGCUAUCCACAAGAGUGGCAAUGCUCAGCAGAGUUGCCUCCACAUGUUCUUUACCAGCAUGAAGAGUUUUGUAGACCCCAUCUGGGUUGCAAUUGUUGCUCAUCUCAGCACUCUUAUCCUUCAAGUCCACAAUGGUUCAUGACCUCUAAACUCCUAACACAUGGCCGUGAAACAAAAUCCAGUGAUCAAAGGCACAGUGCUCCCGGGGUAAAGAAAUAUUUUAGGGAGAAAACGAGCUUGACUAAACGGCAUUACCGGCCAGUAGCAGGGGGAGCACCAUUUGUCACUUGUCAUAAAUGCUCAAAGCUGCUGCAAAUUCCAGCAGAUUUUCUCCUUUUUAAAAGGGUAUGUCAUCAGCUCAAAUGUGGUUCAUGUCAAGAGGUACUCAAAUUUUCUCUGCAGAACGGAAGUCAUAUAGUUUCUUUUGCACCAAAUGCUUUAGGGACCCCAUCAAGUGACAUUGAUGACCAAAACGAGGUGAUUAAUGGCAGCAAUCUUAAUUCAGGAUCUCAUGCCAACUAUUACCAUUCUUCACAUGCAGACCCCAUUUCAUAUUCUGAUGAUUAUGACCAUUCUGUCAGCAAAAGCUACUCCUCAGAAGGAGAUCCUGUUUAUGUGACACCAUCUAAUUCAAUGCAUGCCAGUGAAUAUGGUAAUCCAAGUGUCUCUCAUGGUACCUUUGAGCCCAUAACAGAGAAGGAGAAGAUUGCUUCAAGAGGUCCUAGUGCAAGUAAGGCUCCAGUGGCAACAGAGGAAUUAGCUGUGCCUGUGCACUCCUCCAAUAUGUCAUCAGAAAUGGAUGCAAGGUUACCGCCAAAAAGUUCACCACUUCAUCAACUGAUGGGUUAUUCCUCGCCAAGUCAAGUGAUAAGAGGGACUCCGUCCUCUGUUGAAGGGAAAGAGCCCAUACUCAAUGGAGAAAAUGAUCCGAGUCAUAACUCUCAACAGAGCUGAAAUUUCAUGCAUUGGCUUAGAUGACAAUUCUGUUUAUUCUAUGUUUGGUGAAUCUAAAGUGAAGCUGGGAAGAUCAAGAACGGGGGAGUUAUUUAUUCGAAUUUGAGAUGUAGCGUGUAGCGAUAUAGCAUCCGCACAACGACGUAUUUUUGUUGAAGUUUUCUUAUAAAUAUUGGGUGUCUUGAACAAGGGCAAUAAGAUUGAUUCAUUGCUCUACAAUUGUGUAUUAGAAACAGACUAGCUCCACUAUUCAAUUUUCUGCAUACCAGUUUGCCAAC